AGUCUUGCGCGAGUCGUCAUUUGAGUGAGUGCGUUAUCGCGCAUGCGCGUAUUCUGUGAACUGUCAAACGAACGAACGUAAAUAAAAACAAGUGACUUAUUUUGUGCCAAAUCGCUUAUUGUUAUAUUCAUACUUUACUGUAUAAUAAUAAUUAGUGACUGAAUUAUUAACUAGUGACCGUUGAAUUUGUGCAACGAAUUUGCCAAUUCUUCACAAGUGAUGAUCCGGCGACAUUAGAAGCAAUAAAAUGCAUUUGAAAGUUGUUCUAACUUUAGGUGUAAUCUUAGUUUGUGAUGCAAAGUUGCCAAGAUUAAGGCAACACAUAGAGCCAAAUCACCUUCCGUCAAAUUUCGCACAGAAUUCCCAAACUGCACGACCACCUCAAAUAGAAAUAAAAAGUCUGAAAACAAGUAGGAUUGUCGAUCAAUACAAAGUGAGGCACAGACGAGAUGUGUUCGAUUCGAAGUCUUACGAAUCUAGUUUGAUAUGGGCCCAUUCGGAGAGAUUGGACGACAAUGGCGAUGUACUAUUGAGAUGGGUAAACUCUGAUUCCAGUAUCACAUUCAGAUUGGAAGCGAGGACACGUGGUUAUGUCGGUUUAGGUUUUAACUCUGCAAGAAACAUGAGAGGAGCCGAUUUGGUUGUCGCCUGGGUUGACGACAGGAAUGGGAACGCUCAAGUUCUGGAUUGCCACGGACCAGAGUUCGAUGAUCUCGCAGUUGCUGAUGAGGUGCAAAAUUACGAACUGAUUUCUGGCUAUCAGAACGACACUCACACAACCGUCGAGUUUAGAAGACAAUUGGACACGUGCGACAAACAAGAUUUCGCUAUUGGUGAAGAUACAGUGCAAGUCCUGUGGGCGUUAGGACCGGAAGGUUCUGAUGGAGAGCUGCCGAAGCACGUCAAGAGUGGAUCAAAGCCUCUGAGGUUACUUCAACCAGUGGCCAAGCCUCAGGUGCCUUUGAAGAGUUGGGAUGUGAGAUUGAAUAAUCUCACAAUCCCGAAUGUAAUGGCAACUCUGUUUUGGUGCAAGAUUUUCAAAGCUCCGGAUCUUCCUAAAAAGCACCACAUAGUCGGCUAUCAGCCCAUAAUCGAUAGUAGGCCGAUUAAAAAUAAUCGAUUAUACGAAAAAGACAGCUCGUCUCCGGUCCAUCAUAUGGUGCUGUACGAGUGUGCUGACGACCCUGAUAAGCAGCUAUGGAACGAAUGGGCUGACGGUGACGGAUUUUUCGGACCGAACAGGCCGAGCCAAUGGGCCACUUGUGUCACCCCGAUAGCUGCAUGGGCGAUCGGAUCGAAAGGUGAAUACUUGCCGGAGAAUGUUGGAAUAACUUUAGGCGAGAAAGGAGGCGUGUCUUACUACAUGCUGGAAGUUCAUUACGACAAUCAAGCGUUGCACGAAGUCCUAGACAGUUCUGGUAUAAAGGUGUACUACACACCGGUAUUGCGCGCUCACGAUGCAGCAUUACUCGGUGCGGGAGUUGGCGUGUCCGCCUUACAUCUGAUCCCGCCCAAGCAGCGUCAGUACAGAACUGUUGGCAUCUGUAGUCCGGAAUGUACUGAGAAUACAAUGCCGACUCACGGGAUAAACAUCGUUUCUGUUCUGCUUCACGCCCAUGGGACAGCAAGGAAAAUUGCAUUGAAGCAUGUUCGUGGAACUCAAGAGCUACCCAUAAUAUCGGAGGAAAAUUCUUAUGACGCCAGAUAUCAACAAUCCCGAGUAGUACCUGGUGGAAGGAAGUUCGUGAAAGGGGAUACAUUGAUAACUGAAUGCACAUAUGACAGUACAUCUAGAGACAAACCUAUUUUGGGCGGUUAUUCCGCAUCGCAGGAAAUGUGCCUAUCAUUCAUUCUUUACUAUCCCCGUACGGAGCUGGCAGGCUGUUACUCUAUGACACCCGUGAAGGAAUUCUUCGAAACAUUCGGAGUCAAAGAAUUCUACGGGCUCACUAUGUUACAAGUGGAAAAUAUAUUUCUUUCUUCAGGGAGUUUGGAAAACUUACCACCCCAAUUAGAGACUGAUAUGCAACUAAAGUAUUCUGAAGAGACCGUCAUGCAAGGCGAUGACCAAGGAGUAGGGCUAAUGAAAGAACUAGUUAUACGAGAGCCGGCAGAGUUUAGAAACAAAUCAUUCAUGGCGCACCUCAAUGAAAUGCCUUGGUCUGAAACACUAUUGACUGAACAGAUUGAGAAAACUCUGUACAAAGGCAUGCACAUGACAUUCUGCAAGAAACGUGACGAUACUUGGGGAGCUCCUAUUCAAAUUCAAAACUACCCAACGUACAAUGAAUUGAAAACGAACGAGACAGCUGAGAAAUCGUGCCACCAAAAGAGCGUGAGACUGCCCUCGGUGACUAAUACAAACAGUUCUCCCGCCAAAACACCCUCCAGUUUAGCCGCCAUCUUGGCUGUAUGCACAGCAAUUAUAGUUGCGCGGUAAUAAAUAAAGAAAAAGUCAUAUAUUAUAUUUUUGAAAAGUACACCAAUGAUGUUUUCUGUGUUGUUUAUGUUUGUUUUCUGUGUUGUGAAUGUUUAUGAAAUAUUUGGAACAAACAGUGACCAGUUUCAUAUCUGAAUGAUAUAGUAUUAUUUUGCCAAAUUAUGUAUCAUAAUUUGUUUGAACGUUUAUUAUUUAAUGAUAGUUUUUUGUUUGUUAUUAUUGAUCAUUGCCAUAAUUGUAAUGAGGAAGUAUUUAAAAAGAAAUAGUUCCCGAAAUCAAACUAGAUGUCGCUACGGUACUUUCUUGAUUUCCCCAUGACAACCCUUCCGAUUUUCUUUCAUGUAUAAAAGUGAAUUAAUUUUCAAAACUUAAUAAACAACUCAUAUUCUAUUUGUACUUUUUCGUUUUUGUAUAGAUAUAAGUUUCGAACUUUGCAAAUUUCAGUUUUUAAUAUGUUAGUUAAAAGGAACGGAAAUGACGAUUCGUUUCCUGCAAAAAUCAACUUUUGCUAGAGUCGCCAUCUAGUGAGGUGCUUUUUAGUGCUUUCUUUUUUUAAAUACUUCCUCAUUGUGGAGUCAAAAAUUUUCAAUAGCUGCUAAGAAAAAUAACCUCUUUUUCAAAUGCUGUUAAAUUGAUUAUUUAAAGCCAUAAGUGGUAUUAGAAAUUUAGCACUAUUUUAUUUAUUAUGAUUUUAUGUGUGUAUAUGAUUUUUUUUUCUGAUUUUUACUCUGUUUAUUUUUGUUUAUAAAUUUGUAUAUGUCGUAUGUAUUUCAAUGUGGCAAUGAUCAGAAAUAAAGUACACAUCCCAGUAUUGUUAUCUGUCAAGGAAUGCUAGGCUACAAUGGACUGUGAACCAAAGGUUUUAAUGUCUAUAUUGUAUCGACAGACUUGUUUAUUUUUCCACUUUCCUAAUGUAUGAGAAUGAAUGAUUUAAUAUACGUGAUUUUGAGUACUUAUGUAGGUAUGAGGUAUUGCUCAUUUUUAAAAUUAGUUCUUUCUAUUGAAUAUCUAAUUUAUAUGAGGUAAAUACAAAGUAGAGGUAUUCUGCCCUCCUAAGCCAAAAAGGGGUAUCUCAAAGAAAAUAAUUUUCUAAUUAGUUUACUCAAUUUUCUAAAAACCGAUGUAAUACAAAUCGGAUGUUUCGUUGAUGAGGGCAGUAGUGUAUUUUGAAAUAACAUAUUUUGUUUCGAGAAAUCUCUUUUUUUUACUGAUCUGUGUAAGGUAUUCCAAUUUAAUUUGUUUUUUCGAUAUUAAUAAUUAUUAUUUUGGUUGUGUUUCUUGAAGCAUGUUUUCUUACAAACCUCUCUAAUAUUAAAUUUGGAGGUAAAUUAAUGUAAUUAUAUCUGUUAUUUUUAUUUGCUGGUAUAAAUAUAUUCUCAACUUGUAGUUGAUUGAGUCAUCAUUGCGUUCCUUUUUUAGUCAUUGGUAUUUUUAUUCACAAACAAAUUUAGUUUUUAUAAAAAUGAAUGUAAGCUCCAAUAUAAUUCUCUACGACCUAAAACUGAGAACCGUUUGUUUUAACUGAAUCCUGUUUUUGGUGAGAAUAAUGAUAACAUUAGAAAUAAAACUAUUAAUAAGUGAUUAUUGAGAAUGGUUUUCAGGAGAGGCUUUAUUAAAUUUACGUCAGAACAAAAGUUGAAUACUCAAUGCAAUAAUAAUAUUAGUAUUUUAUACUGUAAGGCAUGUUUGUUUGUAAUUUCUCGCAUAUGCUAAUAAUUUCAAUAAUGUCGAAAGCAAUUAGAAUAUGUUUUUAACGGAUGACUUAAUUAAUAAUACCACUAAGGUGCUAAGUCUAAUAUGUUACAGUGCCUUAAAUGAGUCAUGUGACAACAGAUAAUAGUUUAAAUAUAAAUACGCUUAUACGUCGUAUUAAUUGCACAAUUACCUUGUUGCAUUUAAACUGUAUUGAAAUUCUUUAGUUAUUUAUAUAUGAGUCACUACAAUAUUAUUAUAUGUGUAACUUUUUGUAAUCAAACAAUUUUGAAACUUAACAUAUUGUCUUUAUGGUUCGUUUCUAAUAAACUUCUUCGAUCUUCUCUUUCCAUUGUUAAUGAAGUAGUUUCUUAGCUAUACUAUAUUCGCUAAUACAUUAAUUUAAUACUAUUUUUGUAUGAUUAUUUCAAAUGUAGGUAAGUAUUAGGGCUGUGCUUUUUGGCUCUUUUGUAAAGCAGUUUUAAUUGAAGUGUAUUUUUGUAGAAUUUGUGUAUUAUGUAUAAAUAUUUUGUGUACGUGUGAAACAGUUUUGAAACGAAGCGAUCAAGUCAAUAUUAUUGUUGCUACGAAAACAAUAAUUCCGUAUUUUGCAUUUUUUUGUACUAUAUGCCUUUUUGUGAGGUAUAAAUAGUUGUAAGGUUACGCUUAGCAAUUAAGUUUUAUUUAUUUGAAAAAAAAAGUCAAUAUAAAGGUUUUAUUACUUUCG